GAACAAAAUCUGACCAUGCCGCUCUGACGGACAAAAACAGCCACUUAACACACUGAAAUCAAGCGGGUCAAUUCAUGGCGAGAACCAUCCGAAACAAGCCGAGUCUGACACGAUACCUGAGCUCGCCGAUUCCGUUUCUCCGUCGAAUCACAACGUCGAGGUCCCUACAAACCCUAGCUUUCGAAGAGGUACGAUCAUCUUCCACCGACAGACCGCCCGAUUUCACUGCUUUUGUGCUUCACGGCCUCUUAGGGUCAGGCCGAAACUGGCGGUCCUUCGCUCGUACCCUCGCUCCUUCUCUCUCCAACUCCUCCCCUUCCUCCGAUUGGAGGAUGGUUCUUGUGGAUAUGAGGAACCACGGAAGAUCAGCUGACAUAGAGGGUUUAUCACCACCCCACGACAUGGCGAAUGCUGCUAAAGAUGUGGCUGACUUGGUAAAUGCUCAAGGUUGGGCUUGGCCUGAUGUUGUCCUGGGACACUCCAUGGGUGGCAAGGUUGCCUUGCAAUUUGCUGAGAGCUGUGCUCGAGGUGAUUAUGGUGAAUCUGCUCAAUUGCCUAAACAGCUCUGGGUACUGGACUCAGUCCCUGGAAAAGUGAACCCUGAAAGAAACAGCGACGGAGAAGUGGAGAAAGUCUUGCAGACCUUGCAGACUCUACCUAAAUCAAUCCCAUCACGUAGGUGGCUGGUAAACCACAUGAUUAAACUUGGCUUCUCCAAGUCAUUGUCAGAAUGGAUAGGCAGCAACCUCAAAAAAUCAGGAGAACAUGAGACAUGGGCUUUUAAUCUUGAAGGUGCUGUUGAUAUGUUCAAUUCUUACCGGGAGACGGAUUAUUGGCCUUUGCUGGAGCACCCGCCUAAAGGGAUGGAUGUAUCUAUUGUGCGCGCUGAGAAGAGCGACAGAUGGGACACUGAUGUGAUUCAGAGGCUUGAAAGCCUUGCCAAUCGAAGGGUUGAUGAAUCUGAGGGGAAGUUUUCAGUGCAUGUUCUUCCCAACUCCGGCCACUGGGUUCAUGUGGACAAUCCAAAGGGACUCCUAGAGAUUGUGGCCCCCAGAAUUGCUUCCCUAGCUUAAUUCAGUUCUAUUCCGGAGGUUGUGUGACUUUGAUGAUUUGAACAUAAAUCUCUUGAGUUAUUUUUCUCUUAGAAGGGUUUCUGGUGAUUUGUUGUUAUUGUUAUCGCGGUUAUCAUUUUUCUUGUCGAGAGACAAAUUUAAUCGCAUUUGAUGUUAAGUUUGAGUUUUCAUGAACA